UCUUUAUUUUAGAAACCUCACAAGCUUCUUGAGGAUGACAUCAGAUUGACAAAAGGUGGAGAUCACUAUAGUGCCAAUCUGCUGGAACCUCCCACCAGCAUUCUUCCCCCCAGCAACAAGAACAUGGAAAUUGAAAUCCCCAUUGCAGAAUGUAAAAGUGUUUCUGGGGUUUCUUCAGCAUCACAUUCCAUGGACAGUUCCUCCCCUUUUUAUUCACCUCAUAAUGGCCUCAUCUCAGACCACCAUGAAUCCCUGGAUAAUGAGGUGGCUAGAGAGAUCCAGUAUCUAGAUGAAGUGUUAGAGGCCAAUUGUUAUGACUCCGCUGCUGAUGUGACUUACAACGGGACAUCUUCACCAGAGCCCAGCGUGACCAUCACUGUAGGCAGCCCAGCUCCAUCUGUUCACACAACAAACCACUUAGAACCCACUGAGAGGGAAGCAGUACUCAUUGUUGGCAGGCAGCCUCCUCUCAUCGAGCUGAGCCAAGGUGAAAUCAUGGCAGAAACCCUCAGGGCAAAUGGUCACUCUCCAGAUGGGCAGAGGGAGGUACUUGGGGAUGGCCUUCAUGCCCCUGUGAGCCCCAGUUCUUCAACCAGUUCAAAAGGGUCUUUUCGAGAUGGGGAGACCACUCUCACCACUCUGAAGAAAGAAGCGAAAUUUGAAUUGCGUGCCUUCCACGAGGAUAAGAAGCCAUCCAGACUUUUUGAGGAUGACAGCAGCGAGAAGGAAAUGUACAGGGUCCGAAAAGUAAGGCCAUCAGAAGAGAUGCUGGAGCUAGAAAAAGAGAGGCGAGAACUAAUCCGGAGUCAAGCAGUGAAAAAAAAUCCUGCUAUCGCAGCCAAAUGGUGGAACCCCCCCCAGGAGAAGACCCUAGAGGAGCAACUGGAUGAUGAGCCACUAGAGUCACAUAAAAAGUAUAAGGAACGCAAGGAGAGGAGGCAGCAGCAGCAGCAGGAACAGGAACAACAGCAGCAGCAGCAGCAGCUGCCACCGCAGUCUUCUCCAAUUCCAGCUUCCCCUAAACAGACAGUGUGCCCUUUUGAACUUCCAGACCCAUCCAGUGGUCUGAAGGAGGAUGUUGUCACAGAGCAAAUAGAUUUCUCUGCUGCGAGGAAGCAAUUUCAGUUGAUGGAGAAUUCCAGGCAAGCAGGAGCCAGAGGCCAGGGAGCACCCAGACUAUUUUCCAUCAAACCCUUUUAUAGACCUUUGGGUUCCAGCUACUCAGAUAAGCCAUCCGCCAUCACAAGACCAGUUCCAGUUGUGGGGCGGAUGGAGGAUGAUGGGACAGUUGCAGCUAAGGAACAGAAGGGCUCCUGUGUUCCAGAGAACCAGCUUUUAGGAGGCCAGAACAGUACAGUUAACCCAGAAAAGGAAUCUCCCUGUAUUGACGCUUCAAAACAUGUGCCGUCAGCCAAGCUGUGGGCAGAGGAGGGUGAGUUUACAAGUGCCCGGGCUGUCUUCACAGUGGUGAAGGAUGAGGACCCUGGCAUCUUAGAUCCAUUUACGAGAUCAGUCUAUGUCUCUUCUCCCCCAGAGGAGCUGGACUCCGGUUUGGAGGAGCUGUCAGUGAGGUCUCAGGGCACCACGGUGCUGGAAACCCUGUCCAAUGACUUUAGCAUGGACAACCUCAGUGACAGUGGUGCAUCCAAUGAGACAAUGAAUGCCCUUCAGGAAAACUCCUUGACAGAUUUUUCUCUGCCCCAGACCCCCCAGACUGAUAUGCCCUCUGAGGGACGAGCUGAAGGAGUGUCCAAGUCAUUCAGCGACCAUGGUUUCUACUCCCCAUCCUCUAUGCUCGGAGAUUCCCUGCUUGCGGAUGACCCACUGGAAUAUCAUGCUGGUCUUCUGGUGCAGAAUGCCAUCCAACAAGCCAUAGCUGAGCAGGCUGACAGAGCAGUUUCCAAAGCAAACAAGGACCCAGCUGAACAAAAGACUUGCCCAGGGGAAGCCCAGGACAAAGUUGGGGCAGUGGCUCCCAGCUCAAAUAAGCCUCAGAGCACAUUUAAACCACCUCAAGUGUCUUCUCCUGUUCAAGAAAAAAGAGAUGUGUUACCAAAGAUAAUGACAGCCGAAGACAGAGAACUCAGGGAAGAGAUGGCUCCCCAGCAAUUCCCCGUCAUUCAUCCUGUUCAUCCAGUUCACAUCGAGGAGAGCAGGCCAGAAGGUAGCUACUUUAGCAAGUAUUCAGAGGCAGCUGAGCUGAGGAGUACAGCUUCCCUCUUGGCCACUCAAGAAUCAGAGGUGACGGUGGGACCCUUUAAGCUAAGGUCAAGGAAGCAGAGGACUUUGUCCAUGAUAGAAGAAGAGAUUCGAGCAGCCCAGGAGAGAGAAGAGGAACUGAAGAGGCAGAGGCAAGUCUUACAGACAACACAGAGCCCCAGGGUGAAGAAUGCCCCUACUCUGCCCUCCAGAGCAGUAUGCUACAAAACAGCACCAGGGAAAAUAGAGAAAGUCAAACCUCCUCCAUCCCCCACAACAGAAGGCCCCAGCUCGCAGUCUGAUUUACUCCCUGAAGAGGCUGCCGGAUCCCAGCGGCCCAAGAAUCUGAUGCAGACCCUCAUGGAAGAUUACGAAACACACAAAUCUAAAAGGCGUGAGAAAAUGGAUGAGAGCAGUUACCUAAGCAGCUCUGUGGAAAGUACACCUGUAAAUUACUGUCUAACAGCAAGGUUACUUCCGAGGUCCUUGAGGCAACCCGGGUGAAUCGCCGGAAAAGUGCACUAGCCUUGCGUUGGGAAGCAGGAAUAUAUGCCAAUAGGGAGGAGGAGGAGGAUGAAUAAACAUUUCUCAACCAAGUUCAUUUGGUGCAUGGAACAACAAGAAACCCCCAAAAAAUGAAGAAAAAGGAGAAAAGAAAGUAACCUUUUUAAUGAAAUAUUUAUUAAGGAGUAAACAAGCUCAAUGAUUUAGACCAGAAACACUGCAAUAGAUAUCUUUGGGAGAAAACUUAAAACAAAAUGGAAACUCAUCUACUGAACUCUCAGCAUACCCCAAGGGGAAAAAAAGAACAAGAGAAGGAUUCCUGUGACUUACUGGGUCUAUCCAAAAGGAGGAUAUCGCCACCAUCAAUAAGAACAGCAACAGCUGUGGUGCCUACAGCAUGUAACCAUUGAAGGUCAAAGCAAUUACAAAUGGUGGAAACCUGAGUGAAUCAAUAUGCUUCCUUCUAAUAGGACUCCCUGCCUAGCUUUGUGCUAAGGAAGAGCAAGCAGUCCGCGGUGGGCUCUAUCAAAGAAGUACAUCUUGUGCAGGAGCAGUUUAGCAAGGCACAUGGUAUUCUUUUGGAUCCUCCCACAGUCUCAUUGUCCCUAUUUCUCAUGCUGUGCUAGGAACAUCAUGAUCACCCCAGUUACUCAAUAGCCAUAAAUAGGAUGUUGUGGGUUUUUUUAAGAAUUUUUCGAAGGAGAGGUAAAGUUACUUUCUCUUACCUCCUUUUAAAAUCAGGAACUAUCACUGCAAAAUCUACAAUCCAUAUUUUACGAUCAGUAUACUUAAUAAAGUAUUUCUUCCUAUUACAAACACAAUCUCUUUCAGAUUAGGAGGUUGAAGAAUGGCAGGGAGGGGAGCCAACACAGAUGACUUAUUUUAGCUUUAGCAUCCUAUCUGCUUGUAAUAUUGACUGGUCUCCAGUUCCUGAGGACAUAUUUACAUGAUGAUGUUUCUUAAUAUAAAAGUCUGUAUUUAGUGGACAACAAGUAUUUUUAUGAUGGGAAGGGGGCCGUGCUUGUGUACAGUCUUUACACAUUGAAACAAACGAUUCAGAAAGUUUAGGGUUGGGAGAAUAAAUAUAGUUUUUAGAGUGGCAAUAAUUGAAAACAAAGAAGGGCACAUUUUGACUUAGAUGUAUUAAACAAGAAGAAAAUAGCAGUGUUUAUAACUAUAUUUUGUAAUGAUGAAGCAGGCCUUGAAGAGAGUGUGAGAAAUGGAAAUCUUUGGAUAUCCAGAAAGUGAAAAAUUUGAGAGGUCUUGGAAGUAGAGAAAAGUAGAAGGAAGAAAGGAGAGGGAAAGAGGUUAUUUUUGCUGUUCAGCCAGUGUUUUUUUAGAAUGGUAUAUGGAAAUAAAUAAAAAUAGGACUUUGAAGGAUUGGAGUCAGCCACAAAUACUAAAAAGUGUGUGUGUGUGUGUGUGUGUGUGUGUGUGUGUGUGCGCGCGUGCGUGCAUGUAUAAAAUGUAUUAUGUGCACUUGUGUGCAGGUGUGUGUGUGUGUGUGUGUGUGUUGAAAUUCUAGAAUGACCUUGGGUUAGGAUUGUAAAAUUAUUUUCUCCAAAGCUGUUUGCUAGCUACCAGAGUGAUUGAGAAUUUCUUUUUUAUGAAAAGGGAUAUAAAGGCACUGAGUUGAGGCACUAUUUGUAAUAUUAAAUUGACCCAACAUGGUAUUUGCAUGAGGCCCAGUUGCAAUGUUUUGAAGCAGUUUUGUAAAUUGAUAUUUAGAAAAAGGAUUGUGGUAUUUAUUCUUGUGCAUUGUAUUCAUAGGUAGACUAGAGGGAUGCUGGUUUUACACUUCAUUUCAUUUAAAGCAAUAUAAUGAUGAUAUUCUACAAUUGGGUGCCAUAAUAUCUGGAUGAGAAUUUUUUUAAUCUGACAGUGAGGAAACAAUAACCUGCUUCAUUUUCUUCAUAACUAGUGUUUUUAUUUUUUUAAGGCAACAAUUAAAUUUAUUCUCACUAAAAUUCACUUCUACUUUGUUCUUGGCAUGUCACAUGAUAUGAUGUGUGUUGCUCUAACACAGACCUGCACAACUUGUAAACUUCUUUGGGCAGCAGGCAGACUACAGACACAAUGAGGAUGGUUGGUUGUGGGUUAUGUGACAAACAGGAGUGCACAGUUUUGGGGCUCCCUAAAAUCCUUUGGCGGACCACAAUCCUUUGGUAGGCCGUAUGUUGUGCAGGCCUGCUCUAACAGGGAGCAAUUUCCACUUUUAAAGUAUAUGGUAAAUUCUAUAAUGCAUCAUUCUUGGUUUUGGGGUUUGUUUUUUUUUUUUUAGUAAAUAAUAUAAGUGUUAAUGGGGGAGGGGGAGAGGGGACAGGCAGGGAAUGUAAGCAAAAAUGGUAUUAUCAAAGGGGGAUAGAAACAGUGGACUGCCAAAGAGCUGUCUGUCUGAAGCCAAUUUUUAGAAAUGUGAACCAAAAAUUGCACCUGCUGUUAACCUGAUGUAUCUGGACCUGUGGAUUUUGUUUUGUUUUGUUUUCUAUAAGUAAUAAAGUGAAAUCUCUUUGAGUCCUACAUUGUCCAUAGAAAUCAACAAACAAUUCCGAAGUGUAGCAAUUAGACAUAUGUUAGAUAUUGAGUUUGACUUGAACUUUUGGAUUUUUUUUUUUUACGAAGAACUUAUGCACACAUCAAGACUACUUUUGAGAAAAUGUACAGGUAGAAGGGUAGCUUUCAAACAAAUUUAAUGCAUCCAGGUUUGCAUUAACAGGCUGAAACCCUUUAGCAGAAGACAUUUCUUGUUCCGAGGGCCACAAAGAAUUUUACAGCUAAAAGGAAACUUGGAGGUCAUGUAAGGUAGUGCUUUCCUUUGAGGGAUUAGAAAACUGAGGCUAACAUGGCUUGCCCAGAGUCACACCAAAUGGUUUUCAUGAUUUGAAUUUCAAGUUCCUGAUUUCUUACCCCGCAUUUAUUCUGCUCUAAGAGGCUACUUUUCUGGCUAUUUAUUCUCAUUCCUCAUCCAAAAAUAUCUUCUCUGGGAGGACUUCUAAUUAAAAUCCCCUUAGAGCAUCUGGAUUUUCCAGAAUGCUUAUUCGUUUUGCAAGUAAGUAUUCCUGAGCACCUGUUGUGUGCACAGCUCCAGACUAGGCUUCAUCAGUAGGAAUCCCAGCGGGGAUUUGGUCACUGGGGAAGAUGAAGGUUUUUUUUUUCUUGUUUAAGAAAAAGGAGUAAGUCCUGCUUACUUUCCCUUCCCCAUCUCAAACUCUGUCUUCUCCCUAAAUACCCACAGAAAAAUACUCAAGUAGAUAGAAUAUUUGUAUCGUUGAUGAAGUCAAGGCUGUCUUUCCCUCUCCCUCCAAGCACACAGUAGAAACAGCACUGGCAGGAAUCUGAGGAGCUGAGUUUAACUCUUCCCUUUGGUGUUUAUGACUUGUGUGACCCUAAACAAAUCACUUAAAUACCCAGUCCUUCAGUGGCCCAUUAGUUCAGUUGCCGAUUGUGACAGGUUGACUCUUGCCUCCUCAGCUUCGUUUUUUUUCAUCCAGAAAAUAUGGAAGCAGGGUUCUGUUCACAGCAGGAAGAAUAGGCUGUGUGCCCCUUGGAUCAAGCUAUGCAGUUUAUUCAACUUGUCAGUAUCACUUGCAUGUUAUCACAUAGGUAUGCAUAUAUAUGUAGUAUAUAUAGUAUGUAUGUAUAUAUACAUACAUGUAUGUAUCCAUAUGAAUACACACACACACACACACACACACACACACACAUAUAUAUAUAUAUGAAAUUCAAAGAAGGAAUAUUAUUACAAAGUUAAUGCUGUCUCCAUGGAAAAAUAAAACCUUUCUCCAGCUAAAGGAUGGAUGUAAUGAAAUUGCAUUGGGGGGGGAAAUAGCUUUAGCUUUAGAGUCAGUGAGCAUAUCCAGUUUGGGUUAUAGCACUAAUUUCCUGAACUGUUAUUCAUUGAGCUGCCAAACUUUGAUUUUUGUCUUGCUCUUGAUUCAUAUUACAUUAAAAAGAAAAAAAAACCCUUUUAAAAAUGACCUGUCAAUCAUAUUGUAUACCUGGCUUUCUGUGUAUGUUAACCUCUUACAUGUAAUUAUUCUGCUUCUGUUUUAUAGUGACUGUGAGACAUACAAUGCAAGUAUAUAAUUAUUUUCUCAUUAAAACCAAAGUUUGUGUUGUGUUUCUAUAAAUGACUGCUUUUUAAAUCUUAGUCACUUGGCCUGGAGAAGAUGGAUCCAGUGGGAGAAAUGAAACCGAAAUGAAGGCAAUUUGGGAACUACAGGUUUUGAAGAUGAAAUACCUUUUGACAUGAAAUACAUGUCACCCAUAAAAUGUCCAGUUCAGGAGCUCAGUAUAUACUAACUAUGAGCUUGUCAGGAAUACAGAGCAUGGUACCCAGAGUAAAUGAUUUUCCAUGCCCUCUACUAGGUUUGGGGAAAGCCUGGGAAUCCCAUCAGAGUACAGCCAUCUACCUCUUUUGUUUGGGUGUUGCCUUUUGUUUUUAUCCUGUAAUAAUUGCCUAAUGCUUAAGUUCCUUACCUCUCACCCUCCCCUCCUCCUCCUCAGCACUGAAGUCUCCCUUGAAACGAAAACAGCCAAGGAAAACAACCAAUGCAGAGAAAAUGCUGGAGAGACUAUUUGUCAUUCUGUAAGGGUGGGGAGGGAGGUGUUUCAUCACUUGUUUUCCACAGGCAUCUUCCUUAGAAGAUAUCCUAAAUGUGGGAUGCCCACCUUGUUUGCCUGAAUUAAAAUCAAUCAGCAUUUAUUAAGGGCCUACUGGCACUUGAAGAAAGGAAGACAAAAAUUGAAUCAGUUCAAAGAUGGCAGUUUGAGAAUACAAAAUAUAAAAUGUGAUAGUGUAAUUAGUUCAUUGGAGUUGUUUAAUAAUUGCUAAAUGGUAUGAGAACCAUAAGUUUCCUGAAUUAAAUCAGUCACUCAGCGUUUAUUAUGUACUACAAACCUAGCUAGAUUUUAUACUGAAGACUGUAGUGAAGCUCAUUGUCGUUACGGAGGAUUUGUGAAGUCAUGCUAUUUCUAAAUAGCUCGAGCACCCAUUAAUAAAACUUAACUGAAAUUGA